GUCCUGCACAUUCAUCUUACCGGUAACUACCAGCAAUGGCCAAUCUCAAGCGCAUGUUGGCGCUGUGUGCUGCUGCUGUCACGCUAGCAAGCGCUGCUACUCGCUACGAAUAUAAGACUGUCGAUGUGGACUACAACUUCGACGAGAACGAAGACUCUCCACGCAGCGUCAUCAUGAUGAUCCCGGACGGCACUGGUCCCAACAUUUUCACGCUGGCACGCACGGUGCUUGACCCGACUCUUGAGACCCGCCUACAUAUUGACCCUCACCUCAUGGGAACGGUGCAGACUCACUCGUCUACGAGCUAUAUCACGGACUCCGCUUCGUCCGCGACGGCCUACUCGACUGGUUACAAGACGUACGACUCGGCUAUCGCUGUUGACACGUACGAGCAGCCUUUGGGUACCGUACUGGAAGCCGCUAAGGCUCGUGGCAUGGUGACAGGAAUGAUCGUAACGUGCCGGGUAACGCACGCGACACCUGCAUCAUUUGCGACCCACGUGAUCGACCGCGAUUCCGAGGACGACAUCGCUUCGCAGUAUGUUGCGAACAAGAACCUUGACUUCUUGCUUGGCGGUGGCAAGAAACACUUUAAUGAAACGAUGCUUGAAGACCUGAAGUCGAACGGCUACACACUGGCGGACAAUUAUCAGGACCUGCUCGACUACCAGUCUGCCAACGCCGAGACGGGCGCCCUUCGCCUGUUUGGUCUGUUUAACGAUGACCACAUGCUGUACGAGGUUGACCGCUUGCGUGAACUUGCUGAAAAUAACUCCACUACCCGUGAGCCCAGUCUACCGGAGAUGGUGGAUGUUGUGCUAGGUCUUCUACGCAAGAACGAGCAGGCUAAGAAACACGGCUACUUCGUGAUGAUCGAGGGAUCUCGUGUUGACCACGCAGGUCACUCAAAUGAUCCUGGUACAAUGGCGAAGGAGGCGAUUGCUUUUGAUGAAUCUGUCGCUGUAGUGCUCGACCAUGUGGAGCAGACCCCCAACACGGCAAUGCUAUCCGCUGCUGAUCACGGUACGGGCGGUCUCACUCUUGGACGGGGGCCCGCUUUCCCGUAUGCCUGGUACCCAACCGAACUGCAGCUCCAGAACAUGUCAACGGAGGCCAUGCAGGAACAGCUCGAGGUCGUUCUCGAAGGAAACGACUGUGCGAGUGGUGCCAACGACACGUGCAAAGCUGCGUUGCUCACCUCGUCCAAACAUCUCCUAGCCAACUACACGAACGUAACGACGGUCUCGGACGAAGAAGUGGUUGAGCUGGUCUCUCAAAUUGCCACAGUUGUCGACGAAACGCGCGACCUGAAUGACGUUAUGAUCGAGUUGGGCCACGUGAUCAGUCUGCGUGCUGCUAUCCACUGGACCACCAUCGGCCACGUAGGCACGGAUGUGAACCUAUACUGCAAGGGUCCACUCAUCUUUGAGCGCAUGUGCAAGGGCGUCCACGAGAACACGUACUUGAACAAGAUGAUGACGACGUUCUUGGGUCUGGAACAUCAACAGGAGCUGGAGACGAUGAAGCAUCGCAACAUUUCGGUGCUUGAAAACCCACUCGCUUUUUGA